CGUUGACAGUGUAAAUAUCAGUCCGGAGCAGAGAGAGCGAGCGCGUCAGAUCUUUAACAACUUCAGCGCGCGAAUUUUCAGACGUUGAAUUCUUCAAGUGGAGAAAGACACAGACAGGAGUUGGUCGUGGCCAUGGAGUUGAAUUCAGUGCUUUUGACGGCGGGUGGCUCUAUUGGAUUUUUUAAACUUGUCAAUUGUGGUGUCAGUAAACUCCCUAUACCCGAGUCUGCGUGCAGAAACGCCUGGAAAUGGAGAAAUGUAUGCACAUCUUUGACACACAGUCUGAUAACUGGGAUAUGGGCUGUACUGUGCUUUUUCGUACACCCACAGAUGGCCGAAGAUUUGAUAGGAACCCAUUCUGUGUUCUCGCAUGCAUUGGUUUCUGUAUCAAUCGGUUACUUCAUCUAUGACUUCCUUGAUAUGGUGCUCAACCAGAAGAUGAUCCUGUCAUGGGAGCUCCUAUUCCAUCACACAGUGGUGAUCAGCUGUUUUGGCAUCGCCGUCCUGACCGGCCGCUACGUUGGCUUUGCUGUGGUGGCCCUCCUGGUUGAGAUCAACUCUGUGUUCCUCCACCUGCGCCAGAUCUUAUGCAUGGCCAGCCUAGCAGCAGGCGACCUCUACCGCAUCAACAGCAUGGUCAACCUAGGUACCUACGUGGUGUUCCGGAUCAACACCCUGGCCUGGAUGACCCGCUGGCUGGUCCUGAACCGGGACAACGUCCCCCUGUUCAGCUACACAGCUGGGAGUGUAGGGCUUGCCGUCAUGACCGCCAUGAAUAUAGUCCUCUUCUACCGCCUGCUGAGGUCUGACUUCCUCAAGAGUAGUGCACCCAUGCCCACAGAGGUUAAAGAGAGUAGAGGGCAAGGAGAGGGAAAGCAGGAGACGUAGUGUGGGAUAAUCUCUCUCCUGUUUUGGGGUACAGGCAUUUACAAUUCACACAAGUCCAUUGAAUGAUAGCCAAAAAUACACCUAUGUAUAAAAUAUACAAUUCUACUAUUCAUUACAUUUGAUGUUUUACAGUGCAUUCGGAAAGUAUACAGACCCCUUGACUUUCACCACAUUUUGAUACGUUACAAUCAUAUUCUAAAAUGGAUUACAUUUUUUCCUUAUCAAUCUACACACAAUACCCCAUAUGACAAAGUCAUUUUUGCAAAUUAAUUUGAAAAAACCCCGGAAAUAUCACAUUCACGUAAGUAUUCAGAUCCUUUACUCAGCACUUUGUUGAAGCACCUUUGGCAGCGAUAACAACCUUGACUCUUCUUGGGUAUGACGCUGCAAGCUUGGCCCACCUACAUUUGGGGAGUUUCUCCCAUUCUUCUCUGCAGAUCCUUUCAAGCUCUGUCAGGUUGGAUGGGGAGUGUUGCUGCACAGCUAUUUUCAGGUCUCUCCAGAGAUGUUCGAUUGGGUUCUAGUCUGGGCUUUAGCUGGGCCACUCAAGGACAUUCAGUGACUUGUCCCGAAGCCACUCUUGCCUGUGUGCUUAGGGUUUUUGUCCUGUUUUCAUCUUUGUCAGGUUUUCAUCAAGUGUCUCUCUGUACUUUGCUCCAUUCAUCUUUCCCUCGAUCCUGACUAGUCUCCCAGUACCUGCCGCUGAAAAACAUCCCCACAGCAUGAUGCUGCCACCACCAUGCUUCACCGUAGGGAUGGUGCCAGGAUUCCUCCAGAUGUGAUGCUUGGCGUUCAGGCCAAAGUGUUCAAUCUUUCAUCAGACGAGAGUCUUGGUAGUUCCAAACUUCUUCCAUUUAAGAAUAAUGGAGGCCACUGUGUUCUUGGGGACAUACAAUGCUGAAUACAUUUUUGGUACUCUCCCCAAGAUCUGUACCUCAACACAAUCCUGUCUCGGAGCUCUACGAACAAUUCCUUGGACCUCAUGGCUUGGUUUUUGCUAUGACAUGCAAGGUCAACUGUGGGCCUUUAUAUAGACAGGUGUGUGCCUUUACAAAUCAUGUCCAAUCAAUUUAAUUCAUCAAAGUUGUAGAAACAUCUCAAGGAUGAUCAAUGGAAACAGGAUGCACCUGAGCUCAAUUUCGAGUCUCAUAGCAAAGUGUCUUUCAGUUUUUAAACAUUUGAAUACAUUUCUAAAAACCUGUUUUUGCUUCAUCAUUAUGAGUUAUUGUGUGUAGAUUAAUGAGGGGAAAAAAUAAUUUCAUCAAUUUUAGAAUAAGGCUGUAACCUAACAAAAUGUGGAAAAAGUCAAGACAUUUGAAAUUAUACAUAUGAAAUGUCUUACAAGUUGAGGUGCAAAUCCCAUAGCACUGACAAAGAAAAAACAUAUAUAUAAAAAUAUACAUACUACAGGGAAUUAUUGAAUCCAAACCUGUGUCUUCUUGAACAUAUUGUAAACAUGCUGAUUAACACUAGCACUAAGAAUUGAAGACGUUUAUUGGCCAAUUCUUAUAUAAACUAAACACUUGCUACCUCAAAAGUCUGUAGCAGCUGCAUCUGUUCCCAACAUGAGCUUUGCUAUCUAUGUUGUAAGGGUUCAGCUGUCUUGUUGCCAAUUACAAACCGGUAAAAAGGAAAUUGUCCUUUUUAUUUGAAGGUUGAUGAACUUGACUAGUUGUUCGGUUGUUGAAGUCUUUAAUGUUUCAACCAGAAGAAUAAUAAAUCAUCCAAAUUAAGAAUAGAAGUGGCAUGUUGGUAUUCAUCAAAACUGUUUGGUUGCUAACCAAACAACAAGGCUGACUUCAGAUUGGGUUUCUCUCUCUCUCUCUCACACACACACACACACACACACACACACACACACACACACACACACACACACACACACACACACACACACACACACACACACACACACACACACACACACACACACACACACACACACACACACACACACACACACACAGAGGCAACAGCUGCUAUGUUAGUCCAUUUGGAGAUUGCUUAAGUCUAGAGUGUACCUGUCAAUUCUAGGUUCACACAUUCACCUUGACAACCAAGAGAGAAAGCUCUUCCCACGCCCACCAGCUAAUGACAUCACUAAUGACAUCCAGCCCCGCAGGCCAUUAGGCUGGCGUCUGAUGACUCACAUGGGGUGGUGGUCAUUGAUGUGUCAUUACAGAUUUGGCCUGAAGGAGGCAGCAUUCUCCAUAGAUUCAUAAUCUAGGUCAGGGGUUGGGUUCCUUACAGUCUCUAAGGAAGGAUAUGGGACAGGUGAACUAAUCCUGGAUUUGUGCCUAGAAGGGCAACUUCAACCUAGAGCUCCAGUCCUGAUUGAUAUCACACUUUCCCACCAGCUAACACACCUGACUCCAGUAAUCACCUAAUCAUGGGCCUCCCGAGUGGCGCAGUGGUCUAAUGCAUUGCAGUGCUAGCUGUGCCACUAGAGAUCCUGGUUUGAGUCCAGGCUCUGGCUGCGACCUGGAGACCCAUGGGGCGGUUCACAAUUGACCCAGCGUCGUCCGGGUUAGGGGAGGGUUUGGCUGGCAGGGAUCUCCUUGUCCCAUUGCGCUCUAGCGACUUCUGUGCCGGGCGCAUGCAUGCUGACACAGUCGCCAGGUGUACGGUGUUUCCUCCGACACAUUUGUGUGACUGGCUUCCGGGUUAAGCGGGCAUUGUGUCAAGAAGCAGUGCGGCUUGGUUGGGUUCUGUUUCGGAGGAUGCACGCCUCUCCCGAGUCCAUACAGGUGUUGCAGUGAUGGGACAAGAAAUUGGGGAGAAAAAGGCAACAAAUAAAAUAUAUAUAUAUACAAAAAAAGAAUUAGAAUCACCUAAUCAUGAUCUUCAGUUUAGAAUGAAAUGAGUUUAAUCAGCUGUGUUUGUUAGGGAUGGGAAAGUGUGGCACCACUCCGGUACUUCGGUAUUGUUGCGCUGAAGAUUUUAUAACAAGAUGUAUUUCUAUGUUUUGUUCCAGUUUUUAUUUAAUUAAAUGUUUUUAUAUUUGUAAUUUAUUUGUACUCUAAAAAAAUGUGGAUUAAUUGUCAAGGGUGAAUAAAAGUAUAAAUAUGGUUAAUGAACACAGUUAACCCUUUGAAUAAUAUUGUUUAUACCUUCAGAAGAAUUGUUGGUUAUGUUGGAGAUAUAUGGAUUGCUAGCUACAGUAUGUGGUGUAUAAGCUGUUGGGCAUUGUGGUGUUUCUGUAACCAGUGAGGUGUUCUGCCUGUUUCCCUGAGUCUAGAACAUCCAUGAGGGUCUUUUGGAAAGAGACUUUAUUCUUUUUUGCUUUUUGCUUAUUUUGCUCUCUGACUAAAUACAUCCACUAUUGCAGGGGUGGGCAGUCUCACCCUGCAAGGGCUGAUGUGGGUGCAAGUUUUGGUUACAUCCAAGCAGUAAUUCUAUUUGACCAAUUCUUGAUGGAAUAGUAUGAUGAGAAUAGCAAAAUUAGAUGACCCUACCAAUGGCAACACACUGCUAUACUGUACCGCUAUCGACAAUGAAAAGACACUAAUGAUGUUUGAUAUGAAGCUAAUUAACAAAGAAUAAUUAACAAGCUUGCUUCAGCUGCUUGAAUAGACCUCCCUAACAACAGAGAGUCAAUGAGGGGCUGAAGAUUUGUCUAUAAAAACAGUCAUUUGUUUCCAUUCAAAAGUUGCCUUUUUUCGCGAAAAGACUCUUGAAUGAACUUCACUUGUUUGCCACGUAUAUGUAUGUGCUAUAUUUGUUUAUUUUCUAGCAGCUUAACCUUCAGUUGUGAUGGUGAUAUCUGAAGUACUUGCAUUAACUUGUGAGCUUUAUAUUGUGUGCUGUUUUGUAAUGAUAUGAUACCAGGAAUGACAUACUGUUAUUGCUAUUUGCCAUUAUAAUUGUAAAGUACCAUUGUGGCCUAGAUGGUUGGUAAGUGUCUGUGUAUUGUUGUCGUCUUUUGUAACUUUGGUAAUAAAGGAUACGACAAUA